AAUUAGAAAAGAAAAUGAAGGUCUUGUUGUUAGCUGUGAUUUCUCUAUUGGCUGUGAGUGCUGAGAUCCCAACCACUGAAGGACCUAGUGACCCUAGUCCUUCAGACAUCUCGUACUCUCCCUUUAGCGUAUACGACAGCAGAUAUGCUCUGGGAACAUUUGCCAAGCUCAACUACUUCCAAGCCCAAAUAACGUGUGCCUCUAAUGGAUAUACCUUGGCCAGCAUCAAUAGUGAAGCUGAUCAGCAACGUAUACGUAAUUUCUUCUAUACCCGUGGCCAUUCGCAAUUGCAUUUGUUGAACGAACCCAUCUGGACAUCGGGCACAAAUUUGGCCAAUUUGAAUAAUUGGGUUUGGCUUAGUACUGGACGGAUUUUCACUUUCCGCAAUUUCGAGAGUGGCUCACCUAGUUCUUCCUAUCAAAGAUGCUUGGGCGUCAAUGGGAUCACAAGUCUCUGGGUGGCCGAAGAUUGUUCUGCCCAGCGUUACUUCCUCUGCGAAAGACGUUGUGCCGACGGUUUUGAUAUCUACAAUUGAUCGGUUUAAUGCCGACAUAAGCAAGAUCCAAUGAAUAGAGAAUUUGUUGUUGGUUCAUUAAAUGUUUUGCAAGCAAAAGUA